AUGGCGCCCCGAACUGACUUUAGCACCGAGCAGGUUCGAGCCAAGUCUCGCAAAGACUUGCUCUACCUGCUCGAGGGUGUCCGCGGGAAGAAGAACCUCGUGUUCGACCGCAGCCUUGUCGGUCCCAUCGGCAACAUAGUCAAGGUCGCUACCUUGAAGGAAUACGGCGUCGACAAGUUCUUCAUUCUCGAAAACAACAACGUCGACACCAGUCAGCAUAAUGUCGUGUUCGUCGCGAGGGGAGAGGUCGGCCGCCAUGCCGAGACGAUAGCGAAUCAGAUCAAGCGGGUGCAGCGCGAGAGUCAGACCACCCAUGAGUUCCACAUACUUUGGGUUCCACGACGGACCUUAGUGUCAGAUCAGCUACUUGAAGAGGCCGGUGUGCUGGGAGAUGUGAGCAUCUCAGAGCUCCCGCUGUCCUUCUUCCCCAUUGAGAAAGAUGUCCUCUCGCUGGAGCUUGACGACUCAUUUCGAGACCUAUACCUGUCCAAAGACAUCACGCCCAACUACCUCCUGGCCAAGGCCCUCAUGGAGAUACAACAAAACCAAGGCCUGUUCCCGCGGAUCAUUGGCUUUGGCGAAAACGCGAAACGGGUGUCAGACCUGCUCUGCCGCAUGCGUCAGGAGCUCCUUGCCGGUGGCGAUGACACCGACACGAACAAAGCUGGACUGACUCCAAGCACGACAACCGAGUCUGUCAUCAUCAUCGAUCGCGAGGUGGACUUUGUCACGCCGCUACUAACACAGCUGACGUACGAGGGCCUCAUUGACGAGGUCUUUGGCAUACAAAACAAUCAGACAAAAGUCGACACGACCAUUGUGGGUGCACCGGCCCAAUCAUCAGCAGCUACAUCUCAGAGCAAGGAUAGAACAAUCGUACUCGACUCGAGCGAUAAGCUAUACGAACAGCUACGGGACGCCAACUUUGCCAUCGUAGGCGGCCUGCUCAACAAAGUGGCUCGCCGUCUACAGCAGGUCCAGACGGACUAUGAAAGCAAGCAAAAAACCAAGACACUCGCUGAGCUCAAGGAGUUCGUCAGCCAGCUUCCGGGGUACCAGCAGGAGCACCAGAGUGUGAGGAUACACACGGGUCUCGCCGAAGAAAUAAUCAAGCACACGCGGACAGACCAGUUCAAGGGCUUGUUGGAAGUCCAGCAAAAUCUGGCUGCCGGUGCAGACCCGUCAUCACAGUUCGACGGCAUAGAAGAGCUGAUAGCUCGGGGCGCCCCGAUCAGGGAAACGCUCAGGCUAUUGUGCAUAUAUUCGUGCAUCUCCGGAGGAAUCAAGCCGAAGGAGUUCGAUCAGUUUCGCCGACUCAUCCUCCAAGGGUACGGCUUUCAACAUAUUCUGACGCUCAAUAACCUGGAGAGGCUCCAGCUAUUCUUGUCACGAUCAUCUCCACUUGCGGGUAUGAUUCCCAUGACGGGAAACUCGGGCGAGACCGGCACGAAGACCAACUACGCGUAUCUGCGAAAGCAGCUGCGGCUCAUAUUUGAUGAGGUCAAGGAGGAUGACCCCAACGACAUCGCUUAUGUGUACAGCGGAUAUGCCCCUUUGUCUAUUCGCCUUGUCCAAAGUGUUGUGCAAAAGGCGCACCUGCUCUCUCUUACAAAGGGUGAGCAGGGCGGAACCGCGGCACAGAAUGCCGCGGGUCAGGGGUGGCACGGCCUCCACCCGGCGGUGAAGCAUGUCCGCGGGCCUGCUUUCUACGAGCUCCAAAAGGGAGAGGACAAGGCCGUCAAGGCACGGGCUUUGCUAUCUGGCAGCAAUCACAACCAGACUGUCUUUGUAGUAUUCGUCGGUGGGGUCACAUUUACGGAGAUUGCGGCUCUGCGAUUCAUUGCGAAGCAGGAAGAAGACCGCCGGAACAUUGUCAUCUGCACCACAUCGAUCAUUAGCGGAAACAGGAUGAUGGACGCGGCCGUCGAGACGGAGUCUUACGCCAGGCAGGCGGGCUCAAGCUAA